AUGCGUUUCGAAAGCGAGAAUCUUGGACUGAAAUUCAUGGAAAAGAAAAAGACGAAACUCACGGUCGUCGGAAACGGCGAAAGACCGUAUUCUCUGAAAUGGCAUCGCAAUAUCAGUCUCGUCUAUACGGAAUGGGCUAAUCACUAUUUGGAAAAAGCCAACUAUUCCACAUUUGUACACGAUAUUCGUGUGGAUUUGUGUACCGGUGUUCUGCUGGCUGAUAUUAUCCAUUCGGUCGUUCAUCAACCUGUGCCGCUCCAAUUUACCGAUCCCCGCAAUACCGAACAAAAAAUAUCUAAUAUUUCCAAUUGUCUGGAUCUGCUACGUCAAUUAGGAGUGGAGGUGGAAAACAUUUCUCCCAAAGGUUCGUUGUUUAUCCCUGUAUCGCACCCCCAUUCAUUCACAGUACUCACUCGAUAA